UUCCCCCACCACCACCCAGUUAACGUCUCCUCCUCCACCCAUAUUACCUAUUCCUCACGACCACCGCCCAAGAAAUCACCUCCUCCACCAUAUUAUUACUCUUCUCCACCACCACCAAAGAAAUCACCACCGCCACCAUAUCACUACUCUUCCCCACCACUACCGGUAAAGUCACCUCCAACUCCAUACUACUACACCUCCCCACCACCUCCAAAAAAGUCUUCUCCCCCACCAUACUAUUACGCUUCACCACCACCACCUACUCAAUACUAUCCUCCACAUCAUCGUUUGGUGGUCAAGGUUGUCGGAAAGGUUUACUGUUUUAGAUGCUAUGAUUCAAAAUAUCCAGAGAAGUCCCAUGGCAAGAAACACCUGAAAGGUGCUGUUGUUAAGGUGACUUGUAAGGUUGGUGACAAGAAAAUUGUGAGUUAUGGUACCACAAAGAUCAACGGCAAAUUCAGCAUUACUGUUAAAGGAUUUAAAUAUGCCAAAUAUGGAGCAAAGGCUUGCAAGGCUAAACUACACAAUGCUCCAAAGGAUUCUAAUUGUGACAUUCCUACAAACCUUCAUUGGGGAGUAAAGGGUGCUAACCUAAAAGUGAAGUCAAAGAACCAUUAUGAAGUUGUACUCUAUGCAAAACCAUUUGCAUAUGGCUCUAAGACACCUUAUGCAAAAUGCACAAAACCUAAGCCUACACCUACUCCAUACUACUAUAAAUCUCCUCCAUCUUCAUCACCGACUUAUAUUUAUAAGUCACCACCUCCUCCAUCACCAACAUAUGUUUACAAGUCACCACCUCCCCCAACCCCGAUAUAUGUUUACAAAUCUCCGCCGCCACCAACUAAGUCUUCACCAUCUCCUUAUUACUACAAGUCUCCACCUCCACCAUCACCAAAACCUGCUCCUGUAUACUAUUAUAAAUCACCACCACCUCCAUCACCAUCACCUCCACCUCCUUACUAUUAUAAAUCUCCUCCAUCACCAUCACCUUCUCCCCCUCCUCCAUAUUACUACAAGUCGCCACCACCCCCAUCACUAUCACCUCCACCACCAUACUACUAUAAGUCACCACCACUGCCAUCCCCAUCACCACCUCCACCCUAUUAUUACAAGUCUCCACCUCCACCAUCACCAAAACCUGCACCUGUAUAUUAUUAUAAAUCACCACCACCCCCGUCACCAUCGCCUCCACCUCCUUACUAUGACAAAUCUCCUCCACCACCAUCGCCUUCUCCUUCUCCUCCAUAUUACUACAAGUCGCCACCACUCCCAUCACCAUCACCUCCACCACCAUACUACUAUAAGUCACCACCCCCACCAUCCCCAUCACCACCCCCGCCCUAUUAUUACAAGUCUCCUCCUCCCCCAUCUCCAUCACCACCCCCGUCCUAUUACUACAAGUCUCCACCACCUCCAUCGCCAUCACCUCCACCUCCAUAUUACUAUAAGUCUCCACCACCACCAUUUCUAUUACCGCCACCACCCUAUUACUACAAGUCUCCGCCUCCACCGUCGCCUUCUCCUCCACCUCCAUACUAUUACCACUCUUCACCUCCACCAGUGAAGUCUCCUCCUCCUCCCUAUUACUACAGCUCACCUCCUCCACCCGUGAAAUCACCACCUCCGCCAGUAUACAUUUAUGCUUCUCCGCCACCUCCAAUCCACUACUAAGUAUUUCUAAGAGCUCAGCCAUUCUCCAUAAUCAAUCAAAUUUUAAUUUGAAGGACGAAGUAAAUGCUGGCUUCUUGAGGAAAAGAUUCAAACAUCAAUGGCACAAAGCAAUUAAUUUAUGGAAUAAGAUAUUCAACUUUUCAAUUGAAGUCCAUCAACUCCUUGUUUUAGAUAUUUUUGAAUUUACUUCUUUUAUAUAUAUUUAAACAAUAAAGAAUUAGUUCCA